AUGUUAUCUACCGAAAUCGUAAUGACAACUCAAUCAACAAUAGAACUGAGUGCGAUAAACACCAUCGCAACUCAAGUUGCAUCAAUACCGACUCACCAACAAAAUCAUAUUGCACAAAGAAGACAAGCAGCCCAACAGACACGACAACAACAGCAACGUCAACGACGACCACAACAACAUAUAGCACCGCUAUGGCAGCAUGAGGGACAUCAUAGACCACGACAUUAG